GCCAACCUCCUCACCCCCAACCGACGCGUUGGAAUGCAUCGUGGCCAGGAUUACAUGGCGGAGGUGUGUCCCCAUCCACCUCGGCGACGACGCAUGGACAACAAGUAGGGGGUUCGGGGCACUCCAAUCCUUCCUGGACAUGGAUGGGCGUGGACGCAGGCAUGACGAUGGGCGGCGCUCCCAUCCAUUCCGGCUGCAGCGCCCAAGCAGCAGGUUCAUCUCAACACCCAAUCCCGCAUGACAUCUUCAUCUGAACACCUGGUCCCACGCGUCGGUUGCCUCUGGGCCGCCCCUUCGAUACUUCCACCAGGGAUCAGUUGGUCAAAAUUAGUUGGCCUCAUUCGUGAAUCGUGAUUGAAGGAGCACAAGGAGGACCAAAUAUUCUGGCAACCCACAACAAGAGAAAGCCUCCUGUGCAGAGAUGGAGACCAAUCUCAACAGAAGCAGUUUCCCAGAAAGAUGUAAUAGGAAUUGCAGUGGUGCUUUUGUGCUCUGGCGCUCGGCAAGGCGUGGAGCAGCAGAGCGGAGCCAUGCGCGGCCGUGGCAUGGCGCCGAGGGCAGCGAGCUGCUGUGCGCUAAGCCGGCUGCGAGCAGCGGCGAGGGAGGCGGCGACAGACGCGCAGCUGGCAUCGGCGUGGGUGUUAGCGGUGGAGCGGCGGCGGCUCUUGCCGCUGGGCUCGACGCCGCCAAAGAGGAUGGUGUCGCUGCGCUCCUAUGGCUCAAGGCCAUCAUGGAGGCCACGGAUGUUGGUGGUCCAGCUGAAAUUUUGGAUUUGGAUGGCUUGGUUUUGCACAUCAAGAACCGUCUGGUCGCGUUGUCAGGGCGUGUGCAGAAGGUCAAGGAUGAACUCGAGCACUUGCCGACAAUGAUAUGGAUAUGUCUAAGAUAUAUCUGACAAGAAAACUUGCGUUCCAAGGAUUCACACAUGACAAUGGAUUCUUUCUCCUUUUCAGUAUCAUACAUGACUAAAUUGUUUCUUACUUCAAAACAUGCAUGACAGCUUUGCUAGAUAUAUUUACUGAUUACUGAAUUUUUAGUUACCCUCUUUUGGCAACAUUCUUUAUUUAAUGUUGCGCUGCUUGACAUAAUUUUUUAUGCUCAAAUGUGGGGAUGCAUGACAAGGUGUGAUACGACCGACCCGCUCCGCACCUACUUGAGCCCUUUUUGCUCUAUGUUGGGAACUCAAUUCUUUACAGGAAAAUGGACUAGAUAUGAAAGAAGAUGCUAUCGUUUGUUUGCCUUUUAAUUUGCAGCAGUUUUAGUAAACAAGUAACUAAUGUAGCUUUAUGUAUCAUGGAGGUGACUUAUUUGUUAUUGUAGGCAUAAAGAGAAAAAGAUAUUUCUGCCAAUUGUUUGGAAAGCUGCAUAAGUUGGCUGGCCUGCAUGUCUUCCUGUCAUACACUCAUAUUUAAGAUGCACUAGCUUGAGUGCUGAUCCUAGCACUUCAUUAUAUUAUUUCAGCACAAAUUUUGGCAUAGGUAUUUAAGGUUUCAACAGAAAUUUUGGAUACAACAAGGAGUGGAUCUUCCUGACAACUUCAAUUUUAAUCUUGAUUUUGGUCGUGCUAUAUUGCUAUUUUUUUGUCAACAUCCAUAUAGCAGUUUCUAGGCUGUUAAAUGAAAAUUGAGCCAAGGGCACAAGCAAUUAAGGUUAGGGUCCAGAUUACUUGCAAAUGAAACAUCAGGAGUGGAUCGAGUUAAGGAUAACUUACCAUUACUCUUCUUGAACUCUUUAUUAAGGAAUUGUACAACCUGGAAGCAACGACGACAAAGGUAGCAAAUUAUUCUGGAUUUAAGGAAGAAAUGGCUUUCCAAGGCAAUAUAAAGACAAGCUUUAUUGUAUUUUAGUUAACAUAUGUUCACGUGUUAUUUAUCAGAGCUAACUUAGUUCUGUAAAUGUAAGUAAAGGUUUGAGCAAUCCAUGUUGAACGUAGUGUGCAUGAAUUUGUUCUUUCAGUAGACUGGUGUCUGAUAAUACAAAGGGAUCUUGAUGUUGUGAUCCAAGUGUGUUUCAUCAA